UUUAUAAAAAUGCCUUUAAAACCAAGUAAACUGCAGCCUAAAAGUUCGUGUGAUAAACAUAAAUGCAACAAAUCUUCUACUGAGAAGAUAAAAAUGCCGAAGAGAAUGUUAAUAUCUAAAAAGUGGCAUCCGGACUGUUCGCAUGAAGUAAAAACUAAGUCUGCUGGCAUCAUCGCUUCUAAGCCGCAAAGAAAUAAGCCGAAUAAAACAUCAAAUUCAUUACCUAUUGUGCCAAAACAUAGUAAAAUUCUAGAUUUUUGCAAAACGUGUGGAGAUACUGAUGAUAUUGAAACAGCUGUAGCUGUAUUUUCUAAUACUGUAACAAAUUCUACUAGCAAAACUAAUGCUGUGUCUUCAAAAAAUAGUAAACAUGUUGUGUCUCCUAAAAAUAGUCAACAGGAAUUGAAAACGGACUCCCAGAAAGUAAAAGUAGAAACUAAAGUUGUAAAACAAUAUUACAAAAACGAAAAAUAUGCUGAUUCCAAGUCUACAGUAGAUUAUACAAAAACAUCUCGAAAAAGUGUCAAAAUCAACUCGAAAAAAAAUAAUGCAGCUUUGAAAUCUGAUAAAAAAAUUGAUAUUGAAGACGAAGUUGUACAAGAGCAUUAUUUAAAUGAAAAGUUUGCUGAUUUAUACGAUUCUAUACAUGAUUUUGACACUAUCAUCAGGAAUGAGCAAGUACUGGAUACUAUUACUGAAGUAAAUGAAAGACAAGUGUCAUCUGAUAAUAAAUCCACUUUAUCUCAUAAAAAAUCAUCUCAAUCGAAUCUAUGUACUUCAACUUCAGAAGACGAAGUAAGUUUGAAAAAACUGAAAGAAUUCAGGAAGAAGAAUUAUUUUGAAUGUCAUUCAUCAAAGAACAGAAUUGCAAGUAAGGGGAGCGUAAUAUCUCUUCAGGAUCAUAAAUGUAGAUACAGAUUAUAUUUGAAUGACAGACUAUUUCCUGUAGCAAUGGACAAUGAUCACAACGAUAAUAUACGAUGCGUUGACUGUCAUUUACCCUUAGAACUAGCUCAAGAAGGAGACAAAGUAAAUGGUACUAUACAAGCUAAAGUGAAACUAGGUUCAGAAACUCAAGACAUGGUAUUACUUCUUCCAAUAAAAGAACCGUUGAUAAUUAAACAGAAGAGAAAAGAAAAUAACGAUGAUGAUGUUGUGUACUUCGGUUUAGUAAAAAUGGAUCAAAAUGGAAAUUCAAUGUUUAAUCCGUCUUUACCGAGUGACUCUUUGGCGUUAAGGUAUCAGAAGGGUUAUAGACAAUUUGAUGAUGUUCAAAUCUAUAGGUAUGAUAAGAUCGAAGAUUCUGAUGUUAUCUAUAUUUAGUAAUGAAUAAACGUUUUUAUGUUUGUA